AAAAAAGCUGGAAUCUAAACAGGGCCUAAAUGUUUCGGUAAAAUUGAAGUUAUCUGAAGUCUAGAACAGCGAAAUCUGAUGAUACUUAGGGCAGUCACAAUGCGUCACGUAACGUAGUUUUGAGGAGCCAAAACUGCCACCUAGACUGAGAAACUUCAUAAGCAACAAGCUCCACAAUGCAUGUGGUCUACUUUUUCCCUACACUGGGUCCCACCCGUUAUCUCUCCUAACUUUUUCUCUCCUCUCUCUCUGCCGAACCCAGCCGGCGCGUCCCCUCCUCUACUCCGCCGCCGGCGCCCCUCUUUCUCUCCCAGGCGGCGGCGGCGGAUGGAGCGGCGGACACAGGCGGCGGCGAAUGGAGCGGCGGACACGGGGGGCGGCGGCGGACGACGCGGCGGCCCAGGCGGUUGACGGAGAGGCGGCGGGGCGAUCCCAGCGCCGGACGGAGCGCCGGCGUAUCCAGUGAUGGCGCCGGGCGGAGCGGCGAUGGGACGGCCAGAUCCAGCCGGAUCUGGCGUCGGCGUCUUCCUCACGGCGUCUUCCUCGCGGACGACGAGCGGCGGCGUGGUCGUCCUCGCGGAGGUCGCUGCCGACCGGAGCCCCGUCGCCGUCCUCGUCUUCCGGCCGCCGCACUUCCUCCCCUCCUUUUCCAGCCGCCACGCCUCCCUCCUCCGGCCGUCGCGCGUCCCCUCCUCCUCCGGCCGCCAUGCUCGCCGGAUCUGGCCGCGGACGGCGACGGCGGGCUCGUCGGCUGUGCACGGCGACGGCGGGCUAGGCGGCUCGUCAGCAAGGAGGCGCCGCCAGGCGGGCUAAGCAGCGACGACGAUGCCGGGCGGCGCUGCCGCUCCUCUCUCCCUGUCUGCUGGAUUUGGAUCCUCUACCUUCACGGCUUGAAGGCACGAGCGUGCAGUCGGCACCUCAUCCACCGUUCAAAUAAUCCAAUGGCUCACGUCGCCUGUGCACGUCUGAAUGGAUAUCUGUCUGUCAAAGUCCACGAAGCACUACUGCUAUAUUUCAGUCCGAAUACCAAUGAUGUUUGCAUUAUAAAUUUUGUAAUUUUUCUUAUCAAUCCUAUGCUCUAAUCAUAAUUUUUCUUUUGCUUUUUA